AUGAUGAAUGCAAUGUCAACCCCAGAGUGGAGAAAUCACACAGAUCUCACAAAAUUUAUCCUCCUGGGAUUCAAUGAUGUGCCUCAAUUGCAGAUAUUCUUCUUUUGGAUCUUUCUGCUGAUCUACACAGCAACAGUAGCUGCAAACCUUCUCAUAGUGGUACUUGUUGCAUGUGAUCAGCAUCUUCACACCCCGAUGUAUUUCUUCUUGGGGAAUCUUUCAUGCCUGGAAACCUUCUAUAGCACAACCAUUCUACCCAGAAUGAUCACAGCCUUCUUAACGGGAGACACAAUGAUUCCUGUUUGGGGCUGCUUAUUACAAUAUUAUUUCUUUGGAUCACUAGCAGGUUCGGAAUGUUAUCUGCUGGCUGCCAUGUCUUAUGAUCGUUUUUUAGCCAUUUGCAAGCCACUUCAUUAUUCUGUCUUAAUGAAUAAUACACUUUGUGUACAGCUUAUGUUGACCUCAUGUAUAAGCUGUUUUCUGCUUAACUCUGUAACAACUUAUUUGAUUUCCCAAUUAUCAUUUUGUGGUCCGUAUAUUCUUGACCAUUUCUUUUGUGAUUUUACUCCACUGAUAAUGCUCGCCUGUGAAGGCAGCCUUAGGAUGGAAUUCAUAGGUUUCAUCCUUAGCUUCAUGAUAGCUUUUGUUCCAUUUCUUUUGACCCUGAUUUCUUACAGUUUUAUCAUCUCCACUAUUCUGCGCAUUCCCUCCACCAAUGAUAGACAGAAGGCCUUUUCGACUUGCUCCUCCCACCUUACUGUAGUUAUUAUUUUCUAUGGGACCCUUGUCAUUGUCUACAUGGUUCCACAAAGUGACACACUGAAAGACCUCAACAAAGUCUUCUCUGUGUUUUACACUGUUUUAACACCCAUUGUCAACCCCGUUGUUUAUUGUUUGAGAAACAGAGAAGUAAAGGGGGCUUUAAUGAAGCUUACUAGUCAAUUGUCUAAUUUUUUGAGAGAGGCAUGGAUCUUGCUAUAG